AGCUUCCUUGGCUUUUCUUCCGGUUUUGCCCCCACCGAGCUCAGCCGUGGAAACUGUGGAGGCGUUGCACUCCCACUCCGCUCCCACGCCAGAUCCAGCCUCGCCAGCUCGACCCCCAUGGCGGCCGCGCGCUUCCUCCUCGCCGUCGCGCUCGCGCUCCUCCUCCGCCCCGGGGAGGCGUCCGUGCACGAGUACCGCGGCCUCGGCUUCGCCAACAAGGGCAACGCCUUCAUCCUCCACGCCGGCAGCGAGGGCCUCUACGCGGCCUCCUCCGCCAACGCCACCGCCGAGGACGACGAGGACGCUGCCGCGGCGGCCGACGCCUUCAUCCGGUUUGACAAGAUUACUUUUAGAAGACCAGAAGAUGCUAUUGAUUCUGUAAAGGAGGCUACUUCAGCUAAGGUUCAGGUACUUGUUUUUGAGAUAGAAGACCGUGAAAUGAUUGGUGGAUCAGCUUAUGGUGGUCAGAAAGCUAUUUGUUGUACAUCGGAUCUUGCAAAGUUGGGAGCUUGCACAGAAGGUUCUGUAAUCUACCGCCCAUCCCAGGUAAAUCCUGGUUGGCCAAAGCUGUUUGUUGCAUCUUUUGAUGGAAGUGAUCUGAUUGCAACACUGCCAUCAAGGACCAUUCCAAUAACCAAAACUGGGAUGUACAAUAUGUACUUUAUACACUGUGACCCAUCACUUGCUGACUUGGAGAUCGAGGGGAAAACCAUAUGGAAAAAUCCUACUGGGUACCUUCCAGGUCGGAUGGCACCUCUGAAGAACUUCUUUGGACUCAUGUCUUUUGCUUUUGUUGUACUUGGGAUCUAUUGGUUCUAUCAGUAUAUGAAGUCCUGGAGAGAGGUUCUUCCACUCCAAAACUGCAUUACUCUCGUGAUUACACUGGGUAUGUUGGAGAUGGCAUUAUGGUAUUUUGAGUAUGCCGAAUUCAAUGAGACUGGAGUUCGGCCAAAGGGCAUCACAUUUUGGGCUGUCACAUUUGGGACUGUUAAGAGAACAGCUGCUGAAAUUAUUGUUCUCAUUGUCUCAAUGGGAUAUGGAGUUGUCACGCCUACUUUGGGUGGCCUGACAUCAAAAGUGGUCAUGCUUGGAGGAACAUUCUUUCUAGCAACAGAAACUCUUGAAUUGGUAGAAAAUCUUGGUGCUGUGAAUGAUCUAUCUGGAAAAGCUCGGCUUUUCUUGGUUUAUCCAGUGGCCAUUUUAGAUGCCGCUUUUGUUAUUUGGAUAUUCAUUUCUCUAGCUAAGACCAUUGGUAAACUUCAGGCAAGAAGGCUGAUGGCCAAACUUGAGAUUUAUAGGAAAUUCGCAAUUGCAUUGAUUGUAUCUGUUCUGGUGUCUGUUGGCUGGAUUGGCUAUGAGAUUUACUUCAAAUCAACAGAUGUAUUCAAUGAACGAUGGCAAUACGCAUGGAUUAUUCCUGCCUUCUGGCAUGUCUUGUCUUUCUCACUUCUUUGUGUCAUUUGCUACCUGUGGGCACCUUCGCAGAACUCAAUGAGAUUUGCUUAUGAUGGAAGCGAAUUCUUUGACCGGAAGGACAAUCUAUCAUUAAUUAGGCCAGCGCCCAGUGCUUCCAAAAAUGGAUGGAGUUUAUCUUCUACACCAGAAGACAAAGCAACAAAGAACGUGAAUUCCGUAGCAUCUUUCGAUGAGGAUGAUGAGGAAAACAAAAGGGAGUAGGACUUACUACCAAUUUGACCAGGGAAGGAAUAUGAGACGACAUGUGAUCCUUUCAAGUGGAUUUAGGGCAAUUUUGGUAUUUAGCAGAGGAUUGGCCUUGUUAAUUCUAGUUAAUGAAAUACAUCACUUGAGGCUAUUUCUGUUCAUUUCCGCUAUAGUUUAUUGCACGGCCAGUCAUACUGUUUAUCAUCAUAGUCUGAAUGAUGGUACAUGAUAGGAACAAUUAGUCUGUGGCAUUAUGAAGGGUUUAUGCUGUAUGAUAUUUAUAUUAUAGACACCAUAUCGCUUCUGAACUCGGCUUAUGCCAUGUAUGUUAGAGAAUAAACUGUUCUACUGGAUCUUUGCUAGAAGUUCACUUUAACUGUCUACUGUUUCAGCA